UACAUCACUAUACUUUAUUGAUACUACCGUCCCCAGACCUCUCCAGCUAGAACAAACAUGACCACGGUGCCUGAGCCUCUGAGGCGCGUACGUUGAUGAUUUAUUCCGGACGAGCUCGCCUGCUGUCCGAACAGCCGACCGCUACGCGAGCCAAAGCAUCGCGACGUGGAAUGAUAUUUAUCAUGGGAGCCCUGGGAAACGGUCGCAUAAGCCUUGGAGGCCUCGAGGACUUUUCCAACUCUCCAAUAAAAAGGUUUCUGAAUUGCGUUCAUCUCUGGGGCUGAAUUUGCGUCUCUGAAAUUCGGAUCAGAAUCGUGGAAGCCAUCUGCACAUCUCUCAUUCUACACUAGACGCGAUCUAAAGACACACACCGGAACAGAACUUCUCGGGACGUCAUAGUUAGAAAGAAUAGGAGUGGGAAAAAACAUGGGGGCGACGCUAUCAAAGCUGUGGGGCGCUGUAAGGACGGCAUUGACGGGCGGUACGAAUUCCAGCAGCUCAACGUCGAACGACAACACGGGAAACCAACCUAAAGACGUUGAGAACGGUCUUUCCACGACAGACACACCUGCUAAACCCCCGACACCUCUGCCAAACAUGAGCGGAAUAAAGAAGUACGAAAUCACGGAGCCAUGGAUUCGCGACAACUGCGCUCUCGGCGAGGGCCCUUUCUGGGAGGAGAAGACUAAUUCGCUCCGAUUUCUUGACAUUGAGAAAUGCGAACUGCACACAGUAGACCUCAGCACCGGUCCUUCCAGCCACAAGACCAUCAAAAUGGACAUCUCAAUGGGAUCUACUGCCGAUGUUGAGGGCAACGACCAUGAAUUCAUAUUCGGCGGCAAAUACGGUUAUGGCAUUGCCAACCGCGACACCGGAGCUUACCGAUGGAUCAAGCAAGUCUGGACGGAUGAGGAGGUCGCUGCAGGCAAGCCUGACCGUAUGCGAGGAAACGAUGGCGCCGUAGACUCACAGGGUCGGUUCUGGGUGGGAUUCAUGAACGACCCCAUGGUUCCCGGCUUCUCCGACUUCCAGCCCGAAGGAGCCCUCUUCCGUCUUGACCCCGAUGGCACUCUCCACCGAGCCCUCGACAAGAUCAAGAUCCCCAACGGCACGACAUGGAACAAGACUGACAACACCAUGUACUGGGCCGACAGCCCGUUCCGUACCAUCUACCAGUUUGACUAUGAUCCAGCCACCGCCAGCAUCACGAACAAGCGACCAUUCUUCACGAUGCCGGACGACAAACGGUAUGGAGAGGAUGCGGUACCCGAUGGCCACUGUCUGGACGAGGAGGGGUACAUGUGGACGGCCCUGCACGGCGGAUCGCGCGUUCUACGGAUCUCUCCCGAGGGCGAGGUGGUCGCGGAGAUCAAGGUGCCCACGCUUCAGCCCACAUGCCCCUGCUUCUGCGGCGACGACCUCAUCAUUACGAGUGCUGGCGGAACGAGUGGAGAGGGCGGCAAGGGGGUAGACGAGUUCGCGGGCAGCGUAUUCAAGAUCAACGUUGGAGUUCGCGGACUGAAGAAGUUCAGAUUCAAGGGCGGAGUGGCUGUAGAGGGUGGGAAGGUGGACGGCAAGAUUGUGGGAGAGUAGGUCACAAAGGAUAGUGCGUGCGGCUUUAUUGUUGUUGUCCGUCCCUUGGAAAUCCAGAAAAAACAUUCUAAGUAGGGGUAAAUUGAACGGUUGACUUCCUCAUA